UACGAUCGCCGUUCGCGGAGCAGUCGCGCUACAUCAGUAUCUAAUUGUUCGCCCGUCCACAGGGUUCUCAAUAUCUCUCUUGUCAGUGUCUGUGACUGCGUCGACCGUAUCUUCCCCUGCCUCGUGAUACUUGGAUAUCUCGCCUGUCACACGGUGCCUGUUUACACGAAAAUUGCAUUUUUCUCAUCGCCGUGGAGUCACCGCGAUUCCUCUCUACGAGCGAAGUCGUCCCGCAAGUCCGUUUCACGAGGAGGAGGCACGCAACUUCCUCAUGCUCUUUGUGUUUGCUCCUUUCUGAAGAGAGUGUAAAACGGCACGCGCGCGACAGGUGAUUCCCGCGAAACUGCGACGAACCUCGUACCGUUCGUCAGCGGAAGCACGUGUUGUGUCGGAGGCCUUACGUCGUGUUUGGGAAAAUUCAAGUUCGGGAUCCCGGUGCUCGCACGGCUCAUCGUGACUCGUCCAUCGAUACAGAGACAAUAGAAUCCCGCGCGAGUUUAAGGACAGUGCCGGUUAUCUUCGUCCUGAAGAGACGGGUAACGAGCUAUCGCGAAACAUCUGCGGAAUAGCGAAGACCGAUCGACCGCCCUUCCCCACUCCCCCCCUUGUGCCGAUUCGGCGGAGCGCGUGAGCGAUCUUGCAUGGGCAUCGGUGCGCCCUGACGAAAACGGAGACGCAUCGCCGGUAAUCUUACGAGACUGGCAUCUCUAAAGUCGAUCCACGAAAACGACCCGGCAUCUCGAUGGUGGAGUGUACUAAUGUUGUAUAAUAGCAUGCAGUUCGCAUAUCGUUACACGUGGAAUCGAGAGAUCAUCGUCAACUCCCAGAAGCUCGUGAAAAGACGCUGAGUAUCGGAAAAUAUCCAGGGCAAUCACACGUGGAAGAAUUACGCGUUCUUCUUCGUCGUCAUACGGAUUGUGGCGCGCUACGUCGGCGCUACCGAAGGAACGAUCAUAUUGGAAUCAUCGGCCUUUCCCAAACAGCUACAUUAAACACACACUCAGCCUCCCACCUCCCAUUCCUCUAACAAGGAAAACACCAAGCGAUGGCUGCCCUAUGCUACAGCGAACCCUUCUCAGAUUGGCUUGAAGAGAAGAUCGAGCUGCCUAUAUUCGAUCAAAUAUCCGUUUCUGAGAACGGCCAAAAUAAACCACCGCAGCCGCCGCCGAUCGUCUAUCCGACUAUCGUGAAAGUGCAGCAACAGCAGCAAGAUGACACGCAAACUCUUUUACAAGAAUUUGAAACUGUCUUGGGAGAUGUCGAAGCUUGCCAUCAGAUCAUUCCGCCAACCAGCUCCACGCUCACUCCUCCGCAAUCACCCCCUCAUAAAGCAAUCAAUGUUGACACGCAGCUGUUGGUCACCCUACAGCCCGUUCAACCUCUGUACACCGCCGGUCAACCCAUUUACAAUAUGGUCGUUCCAGCGGAAGAAUCGCUGUACGCAAGCGAUUCGCCGCGCCAAUGGAACCCCGAGAAUAUAUCGCUAAGUCCGCUCGGCGGGGAUGUUGCGAAUGACUUAGCGGUAGUGGAUGAAUAUGUUCGCUCACACGCUGAGGACAUACCGUCACCGUCGAGUCCGUGCACCAGCUCCGGCGGCAGUUGCAUCUCGAAUGAAGAUUCCGCCGAUGAUCCCGAUUGGAGUUUUGAGUCUGAGAGACAAAGUUUGAAACAUUCAGUUUAUGAUUCAUCGAAGAACCGUCACAAACCUUAUUCUCGACCAUCUGUCGAGGACAAGAAAGUACGAAAAAAGGAACAGAAUAAGAACGCGGCUACGCGUUACCGUCAGAAGAAGAAGCAAGAAAUUAAGGAGAUAGAAGGCGAGGAGCGCGAGCUUACCGAGCAUAACGAAAAGUUGAAAACUCAACUGGAGGAAGUGCAGCGCGAGAUAGGAUAUCUGAAAGGAUUGAUGAGAGAGCUGUUCAAGGCUAAGGGUCUUCUUAAGUAAUCCAUUCAUCCGGAAAUCUCUACUAUAUCGUCAAUAUCGUUGUCCGUUUUUUAUUUUAUCUAGAUAUUAGAUCUACUAAUUUUAGUUUUAGAAUUUUCUUUUGGCACUAACUAUUUUACAAUCCUACUACUAUUUACAAUCAUUUACUAUUGUAUCACACAUCAUUUGUUCGCGUUUUUCUUAUUUCUUAACAAAUAUUUUUUAAUGUGUAUUUUAUAUAUAACUUACCCGCAGCUUUUUAGAAAGAUUAUAGACUUGUUAAAGUAAAAUAUAUACCAUCUCCUAAUCUACUAAUGAUUCGUCAUCGACAUCAGCAAGCGUAAUACAUUAGAUAAUGCGUGUGAAUUGUCGAGUAUGCAGGUUAGUGAAGUUCUAAAAUCUGCUUGCUCGUGCACAUUCCACCAGAUAUCUAACGUAUUCUUUGGAUGCGAAUUUUUUCAUUCCGAUUAACUUUUAUUCUUAAUUGCAUAAUACUUUCGUACAACAAAUUAUGUAGCAAGUAAUAAAUGGGUUCUAUAAAAAAAAGCAAA